AUUAAAUAUUUUAAUUUAUGAGUGCUGAUUCGGAGGAACAGAAUAGGUAUAUUAACAUGUAAAUGAUAAUGAAGGGAUGUUUCAAAUGACCCGUAACCAAAACCUGACAAUAAGAAAGUGCAGGAUUUUACAGAGGAUUGGGGGUAUUAAGGGAACCCAUCGCCACGAUUUACGCCCAUGCCUUAUCCAUAAUUGUUUCCUCCCAUGUGUCCUCCUCCAUUUGAAUUAGAGAAAUAAGGUAUAACCCUAAAAUCCUAUGCAAGUCUAUCAUGACUAUGAUCAACAGAAAUAUCCACAAAUGAACAGCGAUAGGAAAGGGCAAAGUAGCUAUCCUUAUCCAAAGCAUUCUUUAGGUGAAGUUCCGCAAAUGGAUCACAUUGACGACGAUCCACAUCGUAUUCCUGUGCCUUAUCCAUUCAGUUAUUAUCCACCUAUGAAAUACCCGCCACAAACAAUGUUUAUGAAAUAUCCACCACCCACACAUCAAGGUUAGCCAUAUAUGGUUCCACCCAGUCCAUGGUAUCAUUAAAGACCUUAAUAAUAAUUGAUGCCCCCAUUUUGUUAUUAUCCCUAAUCUCAGUAUGAGGGACUGCAAUGCUAAAAUACCGUUUCAAAGGAAUUGCAAUCCAAAGUGUUUCAGUUAGUUUAAUAUCAAAAAGUGUCGGAUUUCUAAUGUAAUUGCAAAAAAAGCAAAUGCCUCAAACUCUAUUGCGAAUGCUUUGCCAAUAAUUGGGUAUAAGAAUUAAUAUUAUUUAUAACGAAAGGUUUGUUCACAAAGCUGCAACUGCUAAGAUUGUAAAAAUAGAAUCGAUAAUCCACAAGAAAGGUCAAAAGCAAUUGAAGAAGCUUUGCUUAGAAAUCCAGAUGCCUUCGCACAAUGUUUUCAAUAAAAGGGUCAAACCUAAUUCUCUGUCUAAUAAUAAGGUAACUUCACGUACUAAAUUUAAGAUAAACCACUUAAAGAACCAACCAAAGAAAAUUCAAAUAUCACAAGAAAAGGUUGUAAUUGUAAAAAAUCAGGAUGUAAAAAGAAAUAUUGCGAAUGCUAUAGCCAAAACUUAAAAUGCAGUGAUCUAUGCAAAUGUGAAUAGUGUCUUAAUAGAACUGAUGCUGAAAUCUAAGCUCAAUAAGAUAUCGCUUAAGUCUUGAAUUCUUAGGAUUAAGUUAAUGUGGACAUCAAAGUCAAUCAAAAAUCAAAAAAAAUCAAGAAAGUUGGAAAUGGAAAUGAUGACAAAAGUGAUUCACAGAAGCCUGUAGUCUAAUUGAAAAUAAAUCUUAAUAAUAGUAGUCGAAAAAAGUAAGAUAAAAAAUGAAGAACAA